UAUGACGCUCCGUAUUUGUUGGCCUUAAUGAGCAAGGAUCGAAUCGAGAUUCGUUCGGUGAAACCAACCGCUCAUAUACAAACAAUACAGCUGAAUCGUGCGAUGCACAUCUCCACUGGAUUACCGUUAGCGCUUUUAUUUAUAUUCUGA